AAACAUCGAUAUGCAAAAAUUAAAAAAUCUUGCAGCAUUACAAAAAAUUGCAGCCCAGCAACUAGAUCUUCAAAAGUUGCUCAGUGAGACAGAGGAUCUUAUCCUUAAAGUUGAGGAAGAAGGCACUUUCACUGUAGAAGAGAUUGAUCAUAUAAAUAAUCAUGUAAAUAAAUGGAUAAAAAAUCAGCAGACGGAGGAGGAACGAAAAGAGAGAGCAAGAAAGGAAGAAGAGAAAAGAAGAAUAGAAGAAGAGAGGAGGAAGAAAAAGGAGGAAGAGGAAGCAAAACGGAAAGCAGAGGAACAGAAAAGGAAAGAAGAAGAGGAUAAGCGAAGAAAAGAGGAGGAAAGAAGACGUCUCGAAGAACAAAAGAAAAAGGAAGAGGAAGAUAAGAAGAGAAGAAAUCCGAAUAAUUGGCCAAUUCACAUUUAUGACAGAGAGAAGGACAAUAAUGCAUUCCAUCGUGGAAUUUGCUGUGUCGUUUCGGCCAUCAUUGGAAGUCAGGGUUUGGAAAAAGACGACAUCGAGUGCACAUGUCCUGACAAUCAUAAUCUUGACCGGUAUCCACAAAACAAAGAGGAAGUGCUUUUAUCAACUCUUAAAAUAAAAUCUAAAACUGGAAAAGAGAUAUCAUUAGAGUUGCCAAUGAAAGUGUAUAUUCCAAGAGCGGAAGCCAAUGAGAAGAGGGAGGUCAAGGUCAAGGUUUCUAUAAAUGGCGGGAGGUGGAAAUGUGUGGAAGCAACGGACGAAAAACCCAAAAUCAACAUAACCGAUGUCCAUUUUGUCAUGACCCGCAUAAACAACUUUCAAACACUAGAAUUUGUCAUCAUUUCACGUCCUAAACGAGAAAAUAUGAUAGUUAAAGCAGAAGGGGGAAUGUUUGAACCAACGGAGGACAAAAAUGUUCGAAUUAUUGUCCCAUCCGGUUGCUUUAAGAAGGAAACUGAAGUCCGUUUCAAGGUUGAUAAAGAUCUAGCAAAUCGCACCAAAGCAGACAAAGAGUUAAAUAACAUCAAAAUAGCAACCUCCUUACACGGGAUAGAAUUUGAUGAUGAAAAUCUUGAGAAAGUACAUAUGGAAAUUUACCCCGAUUUACAUAAAAUAAAAACUGGCUCAGUACACCAGAAAACUAUAGAAAAAUGCAAGAACAAAUUAGUAACAGAUAUAUCUGUACUCAACAUUGCUACUCGUUUACACAAGAAUGGCAAAAUAACAGACGAAGUAUUGGAGGAAAUCAAGCUUCAAAAUAGCGAGGGAAUGAAAGCUCGACGAUUACUGGAGGAAUUCAAAGAUUGUGACAUGGACCAGUUCAAUGCUAUGACUGAUGCCCUUGAGAAAGAGAAUCAAGGUCAUCUGGCACAAUAUCUAAAAAAGACCAUGAGUGAUAUGAAGGAAGAAGAGGCAAACAUGGGGUGUGAUUUCGUCGGUGAGAUAGAUAACUUACAAUUACAAGUGGUGUCAAGUUGUCAGAACGGAGACUGGCAGGUGAUGGAGAAGAAGACGCUAGAAGAUUUUCCAGAUGGAGUUGUAAUUUCUUUACCAGCAAAAGGGUCAACAUUCGAUAUCAUGGGUCUUAUUGUUCCAAAAGAUAUGGACAACAGUACCAUUUGCCGGAUUGCGGACCUGUUAUAUCGACAAUCAUACUAUAUAAACGCACGACUCAUUGUUCGUCAAGGCGACGAAGAUCCAACACACGGAUUUGUACAAUGUGUAGAGAGCGAAAAAUGCCAGACUGCGUCUGAUGAAAUGAAGAAACAAAGUUUCAAAAAGGGCCCCCCAGAUUCACCUGAAUUUGGAAUUUGUGAUGGGGAGGAAAUCUUCAUAAAAAUAGCCGGAAAUUUAACUUUAGAUUCAGACCAAAAAUUGUUGCGUUUAAAAUAUUACUUAAAUAUAGAUUCAGCAAGUUCUACUUUCAAAGUUGAGGUAUAUAAUAAAAAGGCUCAGUCAGGAGACAAAGAUUUCUCGGGAGAAUUAAAGUACAGUGUUGGUGAGAAGGAACAAAGUCCUCCGCGUUGUGGAACCAUUGUUUUACAUAUACCAAAGGAUGAGGAACAUCAUAGAUAUGCACCGCUUACACUUGAUGUUCCAUUGAAAGUUAGCGCUAAAUAUUUAGCUUGGCGAAUUCCAGCAAGUGAUAAGCUGAAAAUAGACGAUUUCUUGCGUUCUUUGGCUGGGACAAGUUCAGAAUUUCGAAAACUAAAUCAACGAGCAGUUAAAGAAGCAGCAACUGGCACAGAAAGAGAAAUGUGUGAAAUCUUUGUAAUGAACUGGGCCAGCCAUAGACCAAAAAGUGAAAACAAGGUUCAGAUAAUAUCAUCACUGCUACGAUCUUUGUCUGCCGAAUUGGCCAAAGAGUUUGACUUAUUCAUGAAACCGUUUUCACAAGCAAAUGGAAUUCUUUCCAACAAUGGUAUUGAGGAACUUGGCAAACAAAUUCAUAUUAAAUGGGAAAUCCUCGCCCACAAUCUUGGUAUUGAUUCUACUGAUAUCGACGCCAUUAAAAUUGAUUUUCAUGAUGAUGUAAGAAGGGCAGUGCGCAUGCUUGACCAAUGGCGUCUAUCAAACAGCGCCAUAGAAAGGGGAACAAAUGUCUUAACAUACUUAUCUAAAUGUGUGGAGAAUUCCAAGUGCAGUCCGCAGGUUUUAAAAAUGAUCAAAGCACAACGCUAAUAUAAUUAUUCUAUUUACAUUAUAAAAACUGAUU